GGUCAGGGAGAACUGGGGAAAGGAGGCUGCAGGGGUGGGGCGGGUUGCCAAGUCUGUCGGACUGGAACCUGCAUGUCCGGGGCAGGAGAAUAGCAGGGCUGGAACCUAUAUUCGGGCUGGAAUUGGAGUAUAAGGGAUGCUGAGGAGUUCUCGGGCGGGCCUAGAGGAUGGAGAGAAUGGAGGGCAAAUCCAGGGAGUGUGAGGCUCCAGGAGAACUAUUAAAAACUUGCGGACAGUGUCGGAGAACUGGGAAGGCACAAUUUGGAACCUUUUUUCGUGGUUUUCCUGGGAAGGAAAAGGAAGCAAAUUGAGCAUUUGCUGUUGGAUCAAUCUUCCUGUCCUACACCUGGCCAAGGAUCCUCUAAAGACCCCUGGGAGGCUGGACCAUGGCACAAGGACUGCCUUCAUCCAUCACCGGGAGCAAGUGUGGAAGAGGUGCAUCAACAUUUGGCGUGAUAUGGGCGUUUUUGGGGUGCUGAAUGAAAUUGCAAACUCAGAGGAGGAAGUGUUUGAGUGGGUGAAGACGGCGUCCAGCUGGGCCCUGGCACUUUGUCGAUGGGCCUCCUCCCUCCAUGGGUCCCUGUUCCCCCAUCUGUCUCUCAGAAGUGAAGAUCUGAUUGCUGAAUUUGCCCAAGUCACAAAUUGGUCCAGCUGCUGCUUGCGUGUCUUUGCAUGGCACCCCCACACCAACAAGUUUGCGGUAGCCCUGCUAGAUGACUCAAUCCGCGUGUAUAAUGCCAACAGCAAUAUAGUACCCUCCCUGAAGCACCGGCUGCAGCGAAAUGUGGCGACUCUGGCCUGGAAGCCCCUCAGUGCCUCUGUCUUGGCUGUGGCCUGCCAGAGCUGCAUUCUCAUCUGGACCCUGGACCCUACCUCCUUGUCUACCCGGCCCUCUUCUGGGUGUGCGCAAGUGCUGUCUCACCCUGGGCACACACCUGUCACCAGCUUAGCCUGGGCCCCCAGUGGGGGGCGGCUGCUCUCAGCUUCACCUGUGGAUGCUGCUAUCCUGGUGUGGGAUGUCUCAACAGAGACCUGUGUUCCCCUUCCCUGGUUUCGAGGAGGUGGGGUUACCAACCUGCUCUGGUCCCCCGAUGGCAGCAAAGUUCUGGCUACCACUCCUUCAGCUGUCUUUCGAGUCUGGGAGGCCCAGAUGUGGACUUGUGAGAGAUGGCCUACUCUGUCAGGGCGCUGUCAGACUGGCUGCUGGAGCCCAGAUGGAAACCGACUGCUGUUCACUGUUUUGGGGGAGCCACUGAUUUACUCCUUAUUGUUCCCAGAACGUUGUGGUGAGGGAAAGGGGUGUGUAGGAGGUGCAAAGUCAGCAACAAUUGUGGCAGAUUUGUCUGAGACAACAGUACAGACACCAGAUGGUGAGGAGAGACUUGGGGGAGAGGCCCACUCCAUGGUCUGGGAUCCCAGUGGGGAACGUCUGGCUGUGCUCAUGAAAGGAAAUCCGAGGGUACAGGAUGGUAAACCAGUCAUUCUCCUUUUCCGCACUCGAAAUAGCCCUGUGUUUGAACUUCUUCCUUGUGGCAUUAUUCAGGGGGAGCCUGGAGCCCAGGCUCAGCUCAUCACUUUCCAUCCUUCCUUCAGCAAAGGGGCCCUGCUCAGUGUGUGCUGGUCCACAGGCCGAAUUGCCCACAUCCCUCUGUACUUUGUUAAUGCCCAGUUUCCACGUUUUAGCCCAGUGCUUGGCCGGGCUCAAGAGCUCCCAGCUGGAGGUGUAAGCUCUACUCAUGACCUGCCCCUCUUUACUGAGACGUGCCUAACCUCUGCCCCUUGGGACUCUCUCCCAGGACCCCCACCUGCUCAGUCCCAUUCCUCUUAUCCCCAUAUCCAAUAAUAAAAAAUGUCUUGUUUUCCACUCAA